AUGGCCUCCUUCGACACAAAUGUUGAUCAUAGUGAGACCCGAGGGGCGGAGAUCAAUGUCAUUGGGUGGGUCUUCACUGGCAUUGCGAUCGUAGCGGUUGCUUUGAAGCUAUUCGCCCGGAUUGAUAGUAAACGCUUUGGCUGGGAUGAUUUUUUUAUUUUUUUCUCGCUGGCUCUCAGCAUCAUUGCCACCGCACUCGUCUCAUAUUCGGUCACUCUUGGUCUAGGCCGACACACUGCAACUGUAGUUGCCGAAUAUGGCAUUGAGAGAUACGAAAAAUCAGCCUACUGGCAGAUUAUUGGAUUCCCUUUCAAUAUUGGGGCGUUUAGCUUUCCCAAUAUCUCGAUUGCCAUCCUAAUCGUUCACCUACUUGACCCCAACCCACUUCGUGCAAGACUCUUGUAUACCAUGGUCACUUUCCAGGUUAUAUUAGCUAUGAUCUCCGUAUUCAUUGUCUUUUUUCAAUGCAAACCCACAGCAAAAAUGUGGAACUCUUCCAUUGAUGGCACAUGUUGGAGCUCGGAUAUUUUCGAUGGCUUCUCCUAUUUGGUCAGCGCAUAUACAACCAUGACGGAUAUCAUUUUGGCUGUUGUGCCAAUUUCUGCAUUUUGGAAACUGCAAAUGCCAUUUUCGACAAGACUGGGUGUUUGCAUUAUGAUGGGAUUGACACUGCUUUCCGCGAUUGUCACGAUUGUCAAAGCGACAUAUUUGAAACUAUUCACUGACCACACUGAUCCUCGUGGUACCAUUGGUUCUUUGGGGGCUCUUAGGAUCGAGCAAAAUGUUGUCAUUGUCGCUGCUUGUAUCCCGACACUCCGUCCCUUAUUCCGCAAGGCAUUCAAGUCUACCACUGACUCUUCUGACGAAGUCACCCCACGCAGAGAAACGGGCUCCGGCCUCAAGCUCUCAUACAAUUCCGUACAACCUCGCUCUAAGCGCACACUUUCUCUCACGGAAUUACCCUUGAAGGAUAUAAACCAGAAAUCAUGUGAUGUCGAGAGCAGUACGAGCCAAUUGAGCAUAUGGCGAACGAGAGAAGCUACAGGGGGGAGUGACGACGAUAAAUCUCUUGAAGGCGGGGUUGGAAGGCCAUAUAUGUAA